UAUAUUUGAAAUGUAUUCAAAUGUUGUUUACGUUUUACAAAGAUUGUAAGUCAUAGAUUACUGUGGGUUUCGUUUACAACUUUACAGUGUAGCGUUUAUCCUAUUGAUAUGAUUAGCAGGCAUAACACCUUUUACAAAAAAAAAUUUAAAAAUGGAUAAUUGGGAGGAAGCUGAAACAAUUUACGAAUUUACUGCCAAAGAUCUUAAAACGGGCGAAGAAGUUUCUUUGAAGAAAUAUAAGGGUCACGUUUGUAUUAUUGUAAACGUAGCUUCAAAAUGUGGCUACACCAAACGGAAUUACGAACAAUUAGUAAAGCUUCACGAAAAAUAUGGUGAAGAGAAAGGUCUUAAAAUCUUGGCGUUUCCAUGCAAUCAAUUUGGAAAACAGGAACCUGGAAAUUCUGAGAAAAUUUGUGAAUUUGCCGAAAAAAAAAACGUUAAGUUUGAUAUGUUCGAAAAAAUAAAUGUUAAUGGAAAAGAUGCUCAUCCGUUAUGGAAAUUUCUGCAAAACAAAAUACCUGGUGAGCGAGGGAAAGCGAUUAAAUGGAAUUUCACAAAAUUCAUAAUUAAUGAGGAUGGAGAACCUGUAGAAAGAUUUGCUUCUGCUAAAAAUCCAAACGAUCUGGUAGAGGUUCUUGAAAAAUAUUGGUAAAUUGGAGCCAAAAAGAAACAUUUUUUAUGUACCUAUGCUUCUAAUAAGAGUAUUAUCAUUGAUGUAUAAGCUAAGAGUGUACCUUUAACUUUUUAGAAUUCAAUAAAUGUAUUUUUUUUUGUA